UUCCUUUUUUUUUUUUUUUUUCCUUCUUUACCUUCUCACCAAUCAUGUCUGGCAAGGAUUUCUUGUCGACGCUUGCCAAGAAUGCCGGCCGAGCCCAAGAGCGCGUCAUGCAAAAGCUGGGCAAGGCGGACGAAACUGUGGACGAAGUCUUCCAGACACACGUCAAGAACUUUACCAAGCAGCUCGCGGUCGCCACGCGGCUGCAGAAGGAUGCACGAUCCCUCAUGCAGGCCAUCCAAGCAAUGUCGAACGCAACCAAAUCGCUGGCGGAUUCCAUGGUUGAGGCGUUCGACGACGGCUGGUCGGGAGCCACUGAGUUCCAGGAGCAAGCGGCAAUCAUGGUCCGAUCGUGCCAUCAAUUCCAGCAGCACGCAGGCGAGCUGCUUUCGCAGUCGAUGAACGGUUACGUGAACGGCCAGUUCCCCGACCUCAAGAACCGCAUUGCCAAGCGCGACCGCAAGCUGAUUGACUACGAUCGCUAUCGUCAUGCGCUCCAGGGCAUCAAGGCCAAGUCCAAGGCAUCGGAUUCCAAGCUCACGCAGGCCGAGGAGGAGCACGCUCAGGCCAAGGAAAUUUACGAGGAAUUGAAUGCCCAACUCAACAACGAUCUGCCCGUGUUUUACGAGGCCCGCAUCCCCUUCUACAAGGGUGUCUGCCACGAGUUGUACUCUGCCAUGUUUAGCUUCCACGAGACCAGCACUGUCACGUCGUGCAAGCUGCACCAGAUUUCCGCCGAGCGCUCGGACAUUAGCCCCGCCGCGGCUGCCAUCGAAAACCUCCCAUCGUCAAUCCCCAAUGUUGCCGGCCUUUCAGGAUCCACAGGCUUCCUCGGCACUGCCAGCUCAACCUCUCCCAGCCACACCACGACAUCGAGCUCGGCCGUGUCGCAGAGCGCUUCCACGGGCUCGGCAAACGCUGCCCCAGCGCCGGUUUUGAGUCCUGCCGGCAAGGCUCCGAGCACCAGCAAUCUGCACUCGUCCUCCAGCAUGGGGGACGUGUCAGGCAACAGCCCUUCGAGUGGUCGCGGAAGCACUGCGUCCGGCACUGCAGCAGCAGCCGCCGCCGCCACUGCAAACGCUGGCAACCGCAAGCUGUCUGCUGCCAACGACGACGACGCAGAAAUUACCAAGCGCCUCGAAGACCUUGCGGUUGAGUUUAGCGGCGAUUCUGAGCCUUCUUCCGAGCCUGCUCCCGUCCUUCCCCCUACCGCCGCGUCCGUCGCAGCUCCGGCCGCCAGCUCACCAGCCACUGCCAAAAAGAAGCAAGGACCCAAGGUUUUGUACACGGUCCGCGCCACUCACCACUACGAUGGCAUGGAGGAUGACGAACUCACAUUCGGCAAGGGUGACAUCAUCAUGAUUGUCGACACGCCUCCAGAACUCGAGCUCGAUGAAGGCUGGGCGUACGGUGUCCGGCAAGAUGGAAAGAAGGGUGUUCUUCCUGUCAACUUUACGGAACGCCUCGAGCGUACCAGCAAGGCCUACAUGCUUUGAUCAGGCAGCAAAUGCUCUUCUCUUUUUCGUUUGAUGAACUCCCUUGACGUGAAUUUGACUUUAUUCGGCUGGAUUGCACUUUCUCGUUCCUUGUCUGUGUCAUUUUCUUCAUUUUGUGUCCCGAGCAUUUCGUGUCGAAAUUCAGCGCAACUCCAUCCAACCUCACCUGUUCACCAACCCAGUACAAACUCGCGUCGUUGUC